GAAAACAUGACAGAAGAAACCUACAUACAUUUGGAUAAGCAGCUAUUUGAACUCUUUCUGACCCUCAGCCAGUGCCUGGGCAGCGUGGAGGAGCUGCUGCAGACACCUGGGCUCUGCAGAGAGGAUGUUGGUGCCCAGCAGGUGUUCUACGAGACACUGGCUCUCGAGCUGAAAAAACUGUACUUAGCUCUGAGUGACAAGAAGAAGGAUCUUUUGAAAGCUAUGACUUGGCCUGGAAGGACCGCCAACUUGUUCCCUGCAUGUUUUGAAAACCUGCAAGUUUACCUGGAGCACACGCAGGCUGCCACUGCAUCCAGGAGCAAGUCCCUGAAAGCUGGCCUCGACUAUAAUCGCAGUUACCAGAAUGAAAUAAAGCGAUUAUAUGAUCAACUGAUUAAGAAUAAAACAUCUUUACAACAGUCUUUGAAUGAAAUUAGUGGCCAGAGUAUUGAUGAACAGCUUCAGAAAGCAGAUGCCUAUACCGCGGAGCUGCGGAACUCUGAGAGCCGAGUAGCAAAACUCAGGGCCGAGGGAGAGAAGCUUCACCUACCUUAUGCUCUACUCCAGGAGGUUUACAAACUAGAGGAUGUGCUGGACAGUAUGUGGGGUAUGCUGAGAGCCAGGUACGCGGAACUCGGCAGCCCUUGCGUCACUGAGAGCCAGCAGGACGCUUUGUUGCGAGGCUUGGAGGAGCUGGUGACCAUCGGGAAGGAAAAGCUUGCUCGUGACCACUUAGAGCAAACCAAAAGCAAAGGUGCCUUACAGGCUCAGAUACAGAAUCACAAGCUUUUUUUCCAGAAGCUUGUUGCUGACAUGCUGUUAAUCCAAACUUUCUCCAGCAAAAUGCUUCCUUCUUUAUUGCAAAAGAAAGAGACAUCUUGGGCAGAACAAGUACAAGAAGUUAAAUUACUAGAAGAAAAGGCAUGCCAAUGUGGAAUAAAGCAGCAGAGUUUGUUGCAG